GACACGCCGCCGUUCCAGCUACCGCGGCGGCCUCAGUGAGCCCACCCGCGUCCCCCGCUCCUGCUUCUAGCCCGCCGUCGAGCCUCCCCCGUCUGCUUAAGCUGAAUGUGCUCGUCUGCGGCGUUCCCCCGCCCCUCCAGGCCCGACGCGGCCAGCGAUGGGGGUGGUGGAGAUGCUGGGCGCCGGGGCGGCGCGUAUGCUCUUUUACCCAACGCUGCUGUAUACGGCCGUACGGGCGCAACUGCCCGGUUCCCAACGGCCCUGGUUCCACCGCAUCGACAGCACUGUGCUGCUGGGCGCGCUGCCGCUGAGGGGACGCAGCCGUGCGCUGGUGGCGGAGCAGAACGUGCGCGCCGUGGUCACUCUCAACGAGGAGUACGAGACGCGGUUCCUCUGCUGCUCCGUCCAGGAAUGGGAGGCAAUGGGAGUGGAGCAACUGCGUCUCAGCACCGUGGAUCUAACUGGAGUUCCCACCUUGGAAAACCUUCAUAAGGGUGUUGAAUUCAUACUGCACCACCGUGCCUGCGGUAACAGUGUCUAUGUGCAUUGCAAGGCAGGGCGCUCCCGCAGUGCCACCAUGGUGGCAGCCUAUUUAAUUCAGCUGCACCGAUGGAGCCCUCAGGAAGCAAUAGAGGCUAUUGCCAAGAUCCGUCCCCACAUCCUCAUUCGGCACAAGCAAGUUCAAGUCCUGGAGACCUUUCACAGGAAUGUGAUUGCUGGGAGAACUGCACAGUGUCAGUAAGAACUGUCAAAAAUCUCUUUUCUGGCUCCUUUGAAAAUGCCGUGGUUUAGUGAUCUAAUAAAGGGUUAAGUGUUGUACUUUUUGACCGUCAAUAAAGGUGUUUUUAUAUAAAAUACAGUAAA